AUGCGAGAUGCCGUCAGUAAACAACUGUGGCUGAAGGAAGACGCUUCGACCGGCUCUGAACCAUGAAUCACCGAGAACUUGCAUUUGUUCUGAUUUUAUUCAUAACAUUUGGCCAACGCUUGCAGUUGUCCGCUGCACAGAAAUGCAAACCACUAAGUGGCUCAAACAAUUUCGGGAUCUACAGAUGCCAAGGUGUGCAGACGCUGAGCGAGAUAGAGCAAGAGUUAAUGGCUACUUGGCGUGGCAUAGUUGUGAGCAAUCGCAAGGAAGAUUACCUCGACUUUACACCAGCGCAAUCGGGCGAGCAGCAGACACAAACAAAGUGGGCGCAGAUUACUGAUUUGGACUUAUCGCAGGCUGGUGCUUUAAACCUCGAGGACGGUAGCUUCAGCUCGUUCACGGCUUUAGAGCGUUUAAACCUCACCAACGCACAAUUGGACGGAUUGAAGCCACGGUAUUUCCCUGUUGCCUCAAAACUGGAGUUGCUGGAUGCGAGCGGGAAUGAUUUGCAGAGCUUAAGAGCAGUGAAUUUUCAGCAUUUAACACAAUUGAGGGUGGCGAAUUUUUCCCAUAAUAAUAUAAAGUUGGUGGCAGCAGACGCUUUAGCGGUAUUGGUGCAUUUGGAGCAACUUAAUUUGGAGAACAAUGCGCUGACGAACGCCUCCGUCGGUACCUGUAAUAAUCUGCGAAAGCUAAAACUCGGGCAUAAUGACAUAAAAAAGAUAUCUGGGUAUGAAUUUGUUGGCUUGCCGCAACUGCGACAUCUCAGCCUGAGCUUCAACUCUAUACACAGCAUCACCGAUGGCGCGUUUCAGGCGCUGACCGCCCUUACCGUACUCAACCUUUCCGGCAAUUCAUUGCGUAAGCUUUCCGCAGAAACAUUUCAGGGCAUGGAGCGUAUACCACUACAAUAUCUGGACCUCAGUUCAAAUGAUUUGAGCAGUUUGCCGUCUGAGCUCUUUACACCUCUACGCCAAUUACAAAUUCUGAACCUCAGUGCCAAUCAGUUGGAGUCUCCACCGUCCGGUCUUUUCGUAGGACUGACGCAGCUACGUAAGCUGUAUAUUUACGACAACGAUAUCGGCAUAUUUCAAGCCAACACUUUUGCAAAUCUCACUGCUCUCGACACACUGGACCUAUCUACUAACCAUGUACAAGAACUUCAAGGCAACAUUUUUGGUACAACAGCCUUACCGCGCUUCCGAAAGCUUAUGAUAAAAGCCAACAACUUGAAGCACCUACAUCCACUAGCGUUUGAUGUCUUGCCCUCCAUGGAAUACCUUUCAUUGGGCUACAAUGAACUGAACACUCUAGACAGGCGUAUGUUCGAACCGAUGCGAAGCUUGCGGAAACUCCAUUUGGGUAAUAAUUUGUUUGAAGAAAUAACUUUGGACGUGCUGCAUGCACUUAGCGAGCUAUCAGAACUAUUGUUGGAUAAUAACAAGCUGUCAUUUCUGCCGAAUAUGGCAGACGUAGCAUUUCCCAAUAUGCGGAAGUUCUCAUUGGAAGGCAAUCCAUGGCAAUGUAGCUGCCUUGACGAGGUCCUGGACUGGUUGAAUUCGAAGCAAGUGGACUAUUUCAGAGCUCAGAGCCCCUAUUAUCAGGGCCAGAGAUCUCUGUGUGUCGUGACGAGUAAAGACGUAUGCGUUCGGAAUUUGGCUCAGGUGAAAGAGGAAGGUUUCGCUGAAUUACAGGAAAAUUUUAUUGAAUAAUAUUUAUUAUUGAAUAAAUACUUAGGUUACUAUAUAAGA